CUUUCUAUAGCUCCAUUUGCAUAUAUGUAAAAUCUUUUUCGGACUAAAUAAAAGCGUUCAGAGGUAUGGAAAAUGUAUUUGCCGACGUGCUAGUGGCGAUCUAGCAGCGCGUGUAAACAGCUGUACAUGCUGAAACUAGAUGACAUAGACGUCGGUCUCUGAUUGGUUAGUCGACCUGUCACUCAAAUGAUUGCAUCAUGCUGAUUAUAAUAUGGAGAAAGACCCGUGAGAUUUCGCAACGAGGCUUUGUGUGGAAAGGUUUUCCUGUAAGCUGCUUGUGGUUAUAAAACCAUUUCCAAACGGGAUAGAAGUUUGGCGAAGAUUCUAUAAAUUCCAGGAAUCGCACGCUUCAGGUCCAACAGGUGGUAGAAAUCAUGACAACCCUGGGUUGGAUCCUGAACAGAGAAAAAUCAAGACUGAUUCCAGAAAAGAAACAACAGUUCCUGGGAAUGUUACUGGAUUCAGUGUCUGAGAUCCUUCCUAACCUCAGAAAAAAUUCUGAAAAUAAGGUUAUCAAGCAUUUUUGCAUUCACAACACUUGAAAAUGAAUAUAUCUCCAUCUUCUUCAGAUGAUGGUCUCAAUAAUUCACACCUGAGUAGUCCUCCAACUCCCCAGCUUGUUCCAUUAAAUCCAGAAGGAGGUGGAAAAGCUACUCCUCCAAGUAAAAACAAGAAAGUACAGAGGAUGGAUCGUGGCAGUGAGGAGUACCGCCUACGAAGGGAACGCAACAAUAUGGCUGUGAAGAAAAGUAGACUGAAAAGCAAGCAAAAAGCCCAAGAUACACUACAACGGGUGAAUCAGUUAAAAGAGGAGAAUGAGAGGCUGGAGGCCAAAAUAAAGCUAUUGACGAAAGAGUUAAGUGUAUUGAAGGACCUUUUCCUAGAGCAUGCACACAACUUAGCAGAAAGUGUACCACAAGAGACUUCUGCAGCAGGGCAGGAGAAAUCAACGUAAUUUGUAGUACAUUAUAUUAAUUGGUGGCAGAAUUCAAAACAGACUUUUGUAAAGAAAAAAAGCCUUGAGAGUUAAUGGAUUAUUCACAAAGUAGUACUUCAACUUGUAUAUAUUGUAUGUGACUAGACCUGGGAAUUUGGAUGUUAUAAAAUUCUUAAUUCUUUUUUUUCAAAGAGGUUGUCCAGGAAUAAUUUAAAAUGGCAGCAAGCAACCUUUCUUAGAAUAUGUGCAGGAAUGGUUGCCACUACUUGCAGAGCUACCUGGGGGGUAAUAGAAACAUAGAAACAUAGAAUGUGUC